UAAAAACUGUCAAAUACAAUGGAUAAAAUUUAAGUGAUUUGUUUUCUUGUAUCCACAGAAUUUGGUCAAUAUGACACGUGAGAUUUCUGUUUAAUAAACAGUCAGUGAAUAUGUUCAAUAAUCAUUUAAAACCAAAGAUUUCCAAUUUUCUUCCUGUAAUUCAUGACUUGUAAAGCUAUAUAAAAGGGAAAAUCUUUCAUAUAUCUAGAAGGAAUCACAGUUUCAAAAUGCUCUUGUUACUUUUUCUUAUACAAUCGUCCAGCUCUCAAGUGACUCAAACUGGUGAAUGUGAUAUUGAUGUUAGUAAACGAAUUCGAAUUGGUAAUCAACAAAUUACGCCAGUUGAAUGUAUGAGUGAUGAACAAGAAGCUUUUGCCUGUUAUGACAGUUCAUAUGGAUGUUAUAGAAGUAAAAAUGAUAUUGUUGGCUUUAUCUAUAAACAUGGAGAUUCUGGGGCUUUCGAUUUGUUCGACAGUGAAAGUGAAGAAAAUGCAGCAAUGGACAUUCAAGUUUGUUCGAAACUCUGCUUACGAAAUUCCGACUGCAAAGGCUUCACUUUAGCAAGUUUUAAACAUCUUGGAAGAUAUUGUCACCUUAAAAAUAAGCGAUUUAAAAGAACAACCGGUUGGGUUACAACGAUGGUCAGCUAUGAUAGAUAUGCUGUAAAAGUAUCAUCUUGUGAGACUGGUGAAUGUACGGAAACAACACUUCAAACAUAUUCUAAAGAUGCUGUAACUUGUAAAUCUUAUUGCGAAAGUAAUCCGGCAUGCAAUUACUAUUCUUUGACACCAUCCGGAUGUCAGUUGAAAGAUAAAUGCACUGUUUAUAAAAAUGCUGCUAAUAGUUUCUCCUGCACGAAAACAGUAGCUCUAGUGUCAAAGUCUAUAUAUUUCAAUGAAAAUAGUUUAACUAAUGUAUCCGAUUCAGAUGAAUCUACGUGCGUAUGGUUGAAACCUAGUCCAUUUGUACUUAGGUAUCCUUUUCCCCAAGUUGAUGCUCAGUUAAAUUCCUUGACACUCACAAUAAAAGGCUCACAAUUAUCAUGCAUGGCUGAGAAGCUAGAUUUAAUAAAUAUAAAUAGUUUAUUUGUUUACAUUCCAUUGGAAAGAGUCUAUACAACAAGUUUUACAGGAUCGUUCAAAAUAUGUGAAUUAUUAUCUUCUAGUUCAAUUGAAUGCACGUAUAUAUGUGAUUGCCAAGAGAGAUAUUGUGAAGGAAUAUAUGUGAAUGCUUUUUCAAAAGAUGGUGGACCAAGAGUAUGCGAAAUUCAAAUAUGAUUAAAAAAGAUUGUAUAAUACUUAAACGAAUGAAAUAUAUUUUUAACUAAUAACAUCUGACUGUUUUCAUAAACAUUAUUAAUAUUAAAUUGAUAUACUGUAUGAAUUUUUUAUUUACGUCGAUAAUUCCGCCCCC